CCUCAUCCCGGAAGUGGGCGAAGGCCGUUGUGGUCAGCGCAGUCCCGCUGUCUGGGCCCGGGUGGCUGCGGGUUCUUUCGGCGACAUGGCCAGCCCUGACCCCCGCUACCCGUGCACCUCCAUCGAGGAUGACUUCAACUACGGCAGCUGCGUGGCCUCAGCCAGCGUGCACAUCCGGAUGGCAUUUCUCAGAAAAGUCUAUAGUAUCCUUUCUCUGCAAGUUCUCUUAACGACAUUGACCUCGGCCAUGUUCUUACACUUCGAGUCUAUCCGAGCAUUUGUACACGAGAGCCCUGCUUUAAUUUUGGUGUUUGCUCUCGGAUCUUUGGGAUUGAUUUUUGCACUGACUUUAAACAGACAUAAGCAUCCCCUUAACUUGUACCUGCUUUUUGGAUUUACACUGUUGGAAGCUCUGACUGUGGCAGUUGUUGUUACCUUCUAUGAUGUGUUCAUUAUUCUGCAAGCUUUCAUACUGACUACUGCAGUGUUUCUUGGUUUGACUGCAUAUACUCUACAAUCAAAGAGAGAUUUCAGCAAAUUUGGAGCAGGGCUGUUUGCUGUUUUGUGGAUUUUAUGCUUAGCAGGAUUCUUGAAGAUCUUUUUUUAUAGUGAGACAGUGGAAUUGGUCUUUGCUGCUGCAGGAGCCCUCCUUUUCUGUGGAUUCAUCAUCUAUGAUACACACGCAUUGAUGCACAAACUGUCCCCUGAAGAGUAUGUGUUGGCUGCCAUCAGUCUCUACUUGGAUAUUAUCAAUCUAUUCCUGCACCUGCUAAGGUUUCUAGAAGCAAUUAAUAAAAAGUAAUUAAAAGCAA